UGUCUUCAGUGAGCAAAACAUGUUUAUGGCAGAUGUGAAAUUCAGAUGGUGGAGAGACUACAGAGCAGACCUUCAAGUCUCAACCAAAAUCCCUGACUUUCUCUUCACAGUUUUCACCAACACACUGAAAAGAAAAUGUUUAACCAAAGCACUGUGGCUGAGUUCCUUCUCAUGGGAUUCUCUGACACUCGAGAACUGCAGAUAUCACUUAAGUUAUUUCUGACUGCCAUGGUGGGAAACUUUCUCAUUAUUGUGGUUAUAGCUGCCAGUAAUCACCUUCACACCCCCAUGUACUUCUUCUUGCUGAAUUUGUCCAUCUUAGACCUUUCAACCAUCUCUGUCACCCUCCCAAAGUCCAUGGCCAGUUUUCUGUGGAAUACAACAUCCAUCUCCUAUUCCGGCUGUGUUGCCCAAGUCUUUUUCUUCCAUGUUUUUGGUGCUGCUGAACUUGCUUUACUGACUGUCAUGGCAUAUGAUCGUUAUAUUGCCAUCUGCAGACCUCUUUACUACAGUAUCAUCACGAAGGGGAGCACUUGCAGCCUCAUGGCAGCUAGUGCAUGGCUCAGCUGUGUCCCUUACUCUGCUCUCCACACUGGGAACAUCUUUUCUUUAACCUUCUGCAAGUCCAACAUUAUUGAACAGUUCUUUUGUAAAGUUCCAUAGCUUCUCAAGCUUUCCUGUUCUCAUUCAUAUUUUAGUGAAGUUGGGGUUCUUACAUUUAGUUUUUUUUAG